UAAUUUGUCGGCUUUGAUUUCUGCCUAAUGAUUUCAUCAAAAUAAAAAAUACUUUUGCAAAAUUCUUAAUUGUUUUUUGAUAAAUUUACCUAUUUACAACUAUGAAUGACAUCAAGCGUUUAAAGGAUCAACAACGAGAAAAACAUCCAGGUUUCGAUGGCUAUAUGGAUUGUAUGACAAGAGCUUUAUUUACUGGUUUGGCAUCAUUUUGUUUGGGUUUUUCUGGUCUUUAUUUUACACAAAAAAUCAUACAAACCCGCAUACGUUAUCCAUUGCAAUAUAAUAUUCUUACUUCCACCGUGGCCGCUACUAUUAUUGCUUACAAGGUGACUAGUACACGUACCAAAUCUUGUCAAGCAGCCUGGAUGGCUGCAGAGGAUAAACACACUAUACUUAAAGAGAGAUGUCUCAGUCUUAAUAGUUUUUCCUUGUCCACAAUUUUAAAACAUUUUCCACAACAACAACAACAUCAGCAACAGCAACGUUUUAAAUAUACCCAAAAUAAAGGUGUUAAAGGUUUGCGCAAUCGGAAACAUCAAUAUGAAGCCAAGGAGAAACAAGAAAAUGCUGAGGAAAUGGAUCAUAGCGAUGAAUUUCAGCCGUCGUUAAAUUUAGAAGAUAGUGAAUAUGAUUUGGUGGCAAAUGGUGCCAUGAAUGUUACCCGCAAAUCAACACAACCCCAAAAUGUACUCGUCAUACAACCCUAUGUUAAGUGGGGCCCGAAACGUGCCACCAUUACUACACCUGAUGACCAGUUGGAAGAAGCCAAAGCUCUUAUACACUCCAUUAACAAUUGGUCAGUAGCUUUAGCUAUUAAAGUACCGCUAGAGUCACUGGAACGUAAAGCUCUCUUUGGCAAGGGAAAAAUGGAAGAAAUUAGAAAUUUGGUGCAGGAAUUGCGUCAGGCUAAAAGUCAUAAUCAGCAACCGCUCACUUGUAUCUUCGUUAGUAAGGGUUCGUUAAGUUUUGCUCAAAAAGCCUUAUUAGAAGCGACAUUUCAUUUACCAGUCAUGGAUCGUUAUUCGGUGGUAAUACAAAUAUUACGUUUACACGCUACAAGUGCCGAGGCUCGCCUUCAAGUGGCAAUGGCUGAGAUUCCUUAUAUUUGGUCACAGGCAAAAGAGGCUAAUACAUCGAAAUCAACAAAAUUGGGUUAUUCAUUGACAGAUACCCAAAGAGAGAUACUGAAGACGAGGGAAAAGAAAUUGAAAAUGGAAUUGGAGCGUAUAAGAAAUCAUAGAAAACUUUUACGCAACAAACGUAAACAACACAAUUAUCCCAUCGUAGCUGUAGUCGGUUAUACAAACGCAGGAAAAACAUCGUUAAUCAAGGCACUAACCCAAGAACAAACAAUCCAACCAAAAGAUCAAUUAUUUGCCACACUCGAUGUUACAGCUCAUGCUGGCCGCUUACCUUGUAAUCUUGAAGUUAUAUACAUGGAUACGGUUGGAUUUAUGUCAGAUCUACCCACUGGAUUAAUCGAAUGUUUCGUAGCAACUCUAGAAGAUGCCAUGUUAGCUGAUGUUAUUCUACAUGUACAAGAUGUAUCACAUGCAUGUUAUGAAGCACAAAAACAGCAUGUAGAGAUGACUUUGAAAAGUUUAACACAAAAUAUGUGCUGGGAAACUGAAGAUAAAGUUAAUUUACCGCCCAUUAUAAGUGUAGGCAAUAAAAUUGAUUUGCUUCACAGCAAAGAUGUUAUCAAUUCCUUUAGCGGUUUAAAGGUCUCGGCUAAAAAACAACAAGGUUUAUCAGAAUUAAUGAGUGAAAUUGAAAAUCAUAUUUUAACCACCACUACUAGACGAAAGUUAACAAUACGUGUACCUAAUGGUGGCAUAGAAAUGUCUUGGCUUUAUAAAAAUGCCGCUGUAGUAAAUAUGAAGGCUGACAGCGAGGAUUCACAAAAUUUACUCAUGGAUAUUGUUAUUAAGGAAAGUGUUUUACAGCAGUUUAAAAAACAAUUUUGUCAAAAAUAAAGUGAUUUUUUUUUUGUUAAGGA